AUGGCCAAGUCAUUCGCACAAUACGCAUCGCAGUUCUUAACGCAUCAGUCAAAUCUAGAGUCAAGUCUGUCCUCUUCGCAGCCUCUCUUCUUUUCGUUCACAACCGAUGAAGGGUCUCGUUUAGGGAACAAUCAUGACAGCGACCUCGAUGACCUCGACGACCCACAUCUGCGAGCCAGUUAUGCUAGCAGGACAUCCAGGCGGGAUGGUCAUGAUGACUAUAGGAGCCGUGUCGACGAGGGAGACGACGACGAUCCUUACUUGCGCCUUGACGAGGACGACCUCCAACCAGGAGCCUCUCGUUAUGCCUCUCAGUCGAUUCCCUUGAUAUCGUCGGAAUACAGCCAUCCAGGGUCACCAGAGUAUCCAAAGGGUUGGCUAGCUCAUCAGGCGUCUCCUCUCCCGCACUCUCGCACCCCUUCACCUGCACCGUCCUCGUCUUCACUAGAUUCCCAUCGUCUUGCAACUGAUAUAUUUAAGCCGACCCACAACAACAACGCUGUACAUCCUCAGGCAUCGCCGCCUCCUCCGCCUCCUCCUCUAGCUCGCGAGCCGAUAUCGUUAUCUCUCACGGAAUCUUUAUUGCCUAGGGAUGGCACAAGUCGUCCUGUCGACGUAUUUUCUUUGCCCGAUCCUCGCUACGUUCCUCGUGGACGACGGAGAUACAAUGAUUCUGUCUGGACAGCCCUGUGGUGCACAGGAGUCUCGUUAUGCGUCUCCUUUUCAGUGCUGCUCUUGUUCCUGACGCAGAAACCUGCUCGGUCGCCAGUCAAUUUCCCGUACACUACUAUGCUACAUACUGUUCCCAUGAUAACUAUCAUCACAUUUUUGAGUGCCAUCGCAGCAUACACACACAUACUGCUCCUUCGCAUUUUUGUCCGACCCGUUAUGGUUGUGACAUCCGUCUUUAUACCUGCAACGCUAUUCAUAUCUGCAGUCUGGGCUUUUGUUGGUAGCUUCAUGUGGGAAACUGGUCAAGAACCGACGUGGGGAGAAACGGUUGGUCUGCGGCUCUUUUCGCUCGUGCCUCUCAUCCUUUCUAUCAUCACUGCUCGUCGUCUGAUUGAUUUACCGCGAGACAUCCAUACUACUUCUUCCAUCCUCGACCUGACAACCAGACUUCUGCUAUCCAACCCUUUCCUUCUCGCCUUAUCUCCGGCAAUUCUUUUGGUCACUCUCGUGGCUUCCAUUCCCUUUUUGACGCUUGUCUUCCGCUUAUUAUUAAUUGGGUAUCUGCAAUCUACAAGUGGAGGAUUGGAAUGGCAUGUCAAGGGAUGGGCCCAUUGGGCUAUCUUCGGAGCGAUAUCGAUUUGGUUGUGGAGCUGGGGUGUAGCAAGAGGAACACUCAGAACAACGUGCGCAGGUGUCAUUGGCGCAUGGUACUUUGCCGAUCUUGACCUCCCGCCCCCAUUACCAUCUGACACCCGUACCAUUCAUGCAGCUUUAACUCGAUCCACCCAACCUUCUCUUGGGAGUAUCAUCCUUGCUGCACUAAUUCUUACCGGCAUCCGCAUUCUUGCCCUCCUCACAGUUGUACUGCGCCUCUUACCAUCUUAUCUCCCUCUCGCACUUCGUCCUUGGCUCCAGCCUUUGACUGUAGGAGCAGGUUUUGCGGUAGGUUGGCUUGAGGGCGUGACUAGUUCUUUGAGCAAAUAUGCGUUGGUGUAUACGGGUCUUACGGGAGACGCUUUCUUUCCGAGUGCAAGAAGAGCACGUGCAUUGACUGCCGCGGUCGAGUCGAGGUCUGCGGGAAGCUACCGACGUAAAUUCAAGACGGAGCCACCAUUGACAAUGCUUACCUAUUCUCCGUUGACUCUCACAUUCCCAUUUGCGCUGAUGACGUACCUGUUCGUUGCACACACGCUUUCUGCACCUGAUCAAGCUCUUGGCGCAGCUUUGCUUGCGGGCGGGGUUACCGCCCUCGUUGGAUUAUUCUGUGUCGGUCUCGUUAAGGAUACUGCUGAUACGUUGUACGUGUGCUACUGCAUUGACAAAGAUCUUGGCGAGAAACAUAGAGACGAAGUAUUCAGCGCUUUUGAAUAUGAUUUGCGACCGCAGAACCCUCCGCAGCCCCAGUCUACUCGACUCGGGCCAUCUUCGCCUUCAACGCCACCAAAGCAGCAAUACAAGCAGCACACUCCUCGGCAUCUUUCACCACAACCCAACGUGCCCUUAAUCCACACUUCGCCCACACCCCUUCCUUCACGUUCCACUCAGCCACAACCCCCAGUGCAGGUUGUUCCGUCUUCUGUUCAAACCACGGUGCCUGAAUCAGAUAUUGACCCGUUCGAACAGGAGCCCAUCGAUUUUCCUAUAUCGAUGCCUGGGCCAGCUUCACAACCCGCAGUUGGUGCGAGCAGCAAACGGGAUGUGGUACCGUAUACCUUGUCCCCAGAGCCUCGGCGCAGAGAUGAGGAUAGCGAUGAUGCUGAUGAAGACGGAGACGAGUCCCAGAUUUUCCCCGGUUCAGGCUUGUUUUAA